AUGACGUCGUCACAAGCUCCAAAAUUUCUCGUCGUCGAAAUCGACUCUAAAGUACAAGCACUUGAAAUGGUUCAACUAAUGUUGGACAAUGGCUAUUUUCGGCUAAUGCUUCUCGAUGAUCUGAGCAAACACCCAACAAUAAAUGAUGGGAAACAGCGGAAACACGACGCUGCAUCGCCGGCAUUAUCCGAAUCGGCACCUCCGAAUGAGCCAGUUCAGAAAAAACGGAAACCGAACCCAUUUGAGGAGAUCGAAAAAACGUUGAUUGAGCCAAAAGUCGAAUCGACAGUAUAUGAGGAGGAUCCAAGCACAAGCGGAACAGACACUCUCAAUUUAUUGCAAGACUUGUUUGAAUUCAACGGCGAUAUUAAUAUCCCAUUGGGAAUGGCCAUGUCUGAAUUGGGAAUGAUUAACAGUUCGAGUCCUGAUAUUAAAACGAGAGCCCCGCGUACUGGAGAUCCGUCAUCCAAAGAUGAUUAUCAUUUUUGUCAAAUGUGCGGAACUCGUAUAAAAGCUCCCCGCGGAGCCAAAUGGAAUUUGCAAAUGCAUGUAAUAGCGUUGCAUUCAGCUAAUAAACCAUAUAAGUGCUCAAUGUGCGAUUUCGAAGAUUAUACAACUCGAGAGAAGAAAAUUGAGUGGCAUCGUUUGAUGGGUGUCUGUUUUCCGGUGUUCGCUCAUCGAUCCGGCUUCUUGAAAGAGGAUGAUCCAGAAGUUCGCGAGAAUACUGCACAAAAAACGUAA